UGUCUUUUUACUAUCUAAAGUAAAAAAAAAAAGUAUUUACCGGCUCUAUUUUAGCUGUAGUAAAUAUAAAUGUAAAGGUACUUCAUGAGGGGUUGAUGUGGACAACGGAAAUGGUGUUGUAUGGGACAAUUUUGACCAUCCCAGUGGGAGUGGCCUAACUAAUAAUCGAUAAUUCCCUCUUACCGGCUGGUUCACAUCGAUUUACCAGUGCUUUCAAAUGUGAAACGUAAACAACGUGACUGCUAAGUAAGAUGUCUCGUCACCCUGUCGGAAUAGUUUUACGUCGUUGUGGAUAUUCAGUAAUACCGAGUUUGGAAGAACUUGCAAAGCAAGGAUUGGAUCAAAAUGGAGAUUGUAUUGUUACUUCAUUUACUAUUAUUCGUCAAGGGUAUGGUAAAAAUUUUUUCGAAGGCCCUUUGGAUGUUGCUCAUUUGAAUCUGGAUGACAUUGUAUCAAUUGGUUGCAAGAUGGUGGCUGUAUACCCAGACGUAUCCAUGAAACCAAGUGAAGGAGAGGGGCUCAAUCGCAGAGCUGAAAUCACUUUAUACAGUUUAUGGCCUUUAGAUAAGUCCACUGGAAAUUACAUCACUUAUCCCCAAUACCACCGCAAUAGAUCAACUCUUCCUGGUUUUGAAAAUAGACUUGCACGUGAUUUACACAAUAUUCAAGCAACAUUCAUUUCCUAUUCACCAGAAAAAGGAGCGUUGCGUUUCCAAGUGAACAAUUUCUCCCAAUAUGCAAUGGAUGGUUGUUUGUAUGUGAAUACGAUUGGAAUCAAUUUGAGCUGUCAAUUACAACUUGGACAUAACUAGUA